AAAUGACUCAAAACUUUAAACCAACCCAAGUAUAAUAAGAAGGAGAAGUAGGAAGAAAGAUCAACAAACAUAAAUUUGGAAAUUACUAGAUCGAUCUUUGUAAUAUGAGUGUGAAAAGUAGUUGCCUCUCCUUCUAUGUGUCCCUCCAAGAAUGUUUUGGCUAUUGCAAAGCCUUUGUUGUUGGCCAGGGUAAAAGAUUAAUGGCAAGAAACGAGAAGGAAGCAACAACAGCUGAUUUACAAACGGCUAAGAUGCAAGUGGAAGCGGCAGAUGACGCAGAUGAGAAGAAAAUGCACAUUCAUAAUUCCAACUAAAACUGUACACCUACUUGUACGAUAGUCUAAGAUUCGAAUUUGCAAAUUAAUUAUAUUACUCUGAAGUAUUAUUUUGUA